AGUUUCCGUCUCCGUGAUAAUCGAGACUCGAGGAACCGCAGGCACCAUGAAUGGGCUGACCAUCAGGGCCAAGAUCUCCGCUGACUCGUGAAUCGCAUCAGCUCAGCACGCCUUGGACUGGAAACAGGCGCUCAGGUUUUGUUUUUGCUGCAGGAGCGAACCGGCCUUCCUAGUAACUUAUGCCAGACGCUGCUCAUUCGUCGGCGCCAUCGUCUGUAGCUUAUUAUUUACUCCUCGACGACAGCAGAUGGUUUGCACGGGCUCUAGUUUAUGAGGCUCUGGACGAUUUAGUGUCCAGACGUUACGACCCCACCUUAUGACCCUCAUCUCACGGAAGCUUGAAGCCACAAGACUACUAGGCUUCGUGGUCAAUAAUCUAAGCCAAAUUUUCCAACAGACGUGUAGAUUUCUUGAUCUCGGCAACACCUGAGGCGAUUCGAAAGUCGUUCUUUUAUGGAGUACAGCCUCGUGGUGCAGCUGGUUACCAUGCAGACCAUCGCAACGCAGGUAUCGUCAUUCAGCCAUGGCGUCACCACCUUCACCACCACCACCAUCGCUUAGUGGUAGAAAGCGCAUCCCGUUGCUUCUCCAGCCGACCUCUUAGCUUCCUGCAGCAGAAGAUCCGCGCUACUGUGUGGAAUCGUUAAGUAUCUUAAGCGCCUGGUGCACCUAGUUAAUUCUAAGCGAUUCAGCUCCUCGAGCUAGCCGUUUCGAGCGGAUGGAAUUGAAGCAGCCUGUCGGUAGAAGCGGCGGCAGCAGGAGAGGGAAGCGGAGGCAGCUGUGUCAACUGGUUCCACCGUGGUGCCACGUCGGCAUGCUGCUGAUUCUUUUACUACUGCCCGCCUUCGGGCCUGCCCCUGUUUACGGGCAGAGCACCAACGCCGCUUCAAAUAUGUCGUCAACGGUGGGCUUCAUCAGCAUCGACUGCGGGUACCAGGGGAAGCCCUAUCCCUCGCCCCUGGGGUUCACCUGGCUGCCCGACCCCGCGUCUGUACCCGGCACGCCUGCUGUCAUCACGGCUCUCUCGCCCGAGGGGGGAGCAGGGAUGCUGACGAUGGAGGGAUCGCUGAGGGCGUUCAACAAUGAUAAGGAUGUCAACUGCUACCACAUUGUGCUCAGUGCUGCUGGUCGCUACUUGGUGCGUCUGACCUUUUGGUACAAGAACUAUGACGGCAAGAACUCACCGCCUGUGUUCAACGUGACUGUGGGGCCCGGAUCAGCGGGUCAGGUGGAUCUUCGCCCCAUAGGCGACACCAUGUAUACGCUAGAGGCCAUCACCACAGUGAAGGACCCCGCCAUGCCCAUCUGCUUCCAGCGCAUCGGGGCAGCGCCCCCCAUCGUGAACGCCAUUGAGAUCCGCCCGCUGCCAGCGAUGUCCUACAGCUACGAGCAGCUCAAGCUGGACGUGCUCGUCGUGUGGUGGCGGUUCGCUUGUGGGGAGAACCCAACUGAGAAGUCGUUCAGGUACCCCUCUGACCCCCUGGAUCGCGUAUGGGACAUCGACGGCAGCACACUCAAGGACCACUGGGACCUGCAACCCGCCAAUCUCACGCAGGUGGUAACCACCAGCGCCGCCGUAACCCUCCCUCCCCCCCCGACCAACGCCAGCGCCAGCACCCCCGCACCCCCUCGUCUCACCUCCUUCCCUAACGCCGUCCCCCAGCGUGUGCUGCAGUCUGCCCGCUCAGUGCUCACCCCACCUGCACUGGCAAACCGGGGCCUAGAGUACACCUUCGAUAACCUCGCCCUGGGGCGGUACUACGUGUUCCUCUACUUCUCCAGCCUCGCCCCCCCGCCUGCCUCCGCCUCUGCAUCCUCUGCCUCUGGAUUCUCCGAUUUGCCCGCAUCUGUCCACUCCUUGGCGCUUGCUCAGCUUGAUAGUGCGCCGAGCGGGACGAGCGGGGGGGUUACGGUGGCAGGGAACGGGCCAGGGCGAGGCAGUCCUCCUCCCUUUGCUCCUGGCGGAGGGGCAGGUGUUGGUAAUGGUGGCAGCAACGGCAGCAGUGGCAACAGCAGCGGCAGCAACGGCAGCAGUGGCACCACUGGCAGCACUGGGAGCACUGGCAGCAGCGGCAGCAGCGGCAGCACUGGCAGCACUGGCAACAGCAGCAGCAGCAGCAGCAACAGCACCAGCGGCAACAGCAGUGUCAGUGCCAGCAGCAGCAGCAGCAGCGACUUCCUAGGCGAUUCAGUGGUAACCGUGUUACUAAACGACCAGGCCUUAGAACGCCAGCUCAUGGUCAUCCCGCUCUCCCCCUCCACCCAGUGGGGCGGCCCCAGGGCAGGCUACGCAGCCAUCCCCUUCACAGUCACACCAGAGAUCCAGCUAAGUGUGAGACUUAGGGUGAAAACAACCGCUAAGAGCCGGGUUCGGCCAGUGACACUUAGCGGGUUGGAGAUAGUGCAACUGUUUGAGGAGGCGCCGGCAGUGGCGGGUGGGGAUGUGGCAGCGCUGGCGUGUGUGAAGACGCAGUUAGGGGAGCCGGCUGUUACGGAGGAGUGGCUGGGAGACCCCUGCUACCCUGUGACGUGGCCGGGCGUGCAGUGCAGCUUCAAGGCCAACAGCACGGCUGUUAUUGGACUGGACCUCGGGCACGCUGGGCUGUCGGGCUCCAUCCCUGCGUGCAUCAGCAACAUCUCCUCCCUCUCCUCUCUGUCGCUCAACGACAACUCCAUCUCAGGCAACAUCCCGCCCUGGCUGGGCUCACUCAAGCAGCUGCACUCUCUCAAGCUCCAGGACAACCAGCUUUCUGGCAGUGUGCCUGGGGAGCUCGCCCAACUUCCGGAAUUCCUGCACCUUGACCUCAGCAGCAACAAUCUCUCAGGGCCCUUCCCCUUCCCACCGACUGCCAGCACAGACAUCAACAUCGACGGCAACAGCUACCUCUGCCACCCUGAAAGCGCCUUCAACCUCCCCGCCUGCUCGGACUUGGGUCUCCCAGUCACGUCCUUGUCCUCCUCCUCCCCUCCCUCCGCCCCCUCGUCCUCGUCUCCACCCGCUGACUCCUCGCCUGCUAUGAGUGCUGUGGCGCUGGUUUUCCUCGUUUUAGGCAUUAUAUUGGGCAUCUGUAUAGUCGCGGCGGCGACGUUUGUCCUGUGGCGCUGGCAGAAGCUGCAGAGGGCGAGGCGGGCGGCAGAUGUGUACUCAUCGGGGGUGGGCAUGAAUGGGGAUGAGAAGGGAGGGAAGGGGGAGGAGAAGGGAGGGCAGGGUGGGUGGGAUGGGGAAGGGAAAGGAGGGGGUUACGAGGGUAAGGGACCAGAAGAGGCGUUCUUGGAACCUGUACAGGUGGUGGUCCACGUGACUGAGGAGAAGAGAGGAGAUGGGGGAGGGGGAGCGGUAGCAGCAGCAGCAGCAACAGUAGAAGGGGCAGGAGGAGGGGUAGGAGCACGAGGAGGGGAAGGGGAUGGGGCCGUGAAGGUGCCUGCUGCUGUUUCGGCAGCUGAUUCAACGACCCCGUUGCUGGGAGGCAGGGCCAGGGAAGAUUCCUCGCUGCUCCUCGGGUCUGGAAUGGGUGCAUCCGCAGCUGCUACCACCAACUCGUCUGCAUCCACCUUUGGCCCUGUCGCUGCUGGUGACAGUGGCGCGCUUGGUGGCGGUGGUGGUGAUGGUGGUGCUGCUGCUGCUGCUGCUGCUGCUUUGGCGGGGAUUGCUGGUGCAGCGAGUGCAGGUGGCAGUGGUGCGGCCCAGAAUGGCACGGCAGAUGGCUUCAGUGCUCAGGUGCAAUCUUCAUCUGCAACAGCAGAAGCACCAGCAGCAGCAGCAGCAGCAACAGCAGCAACAUCAACCCCAGCAGCAGCAACAGCAGCAACAUCAACCCCAGCAGUAGCAGCAGCAGCAGCAGCAGCAGCAGCGGCAGCUGGUCCACCGGGUGUGGACUCGAUGAUUCUCUUCGUGUCCCCCGGCUCCCACGUCCGCCGCUUCUCUCUCUCCGACCUAGCCACCGCCACCGCCAACUUCCACCCCUCGCACAUCAUAGGCUCUGGGGGCUUCGGCCCGGUGUUCAAAGGGAUAUUACCGGAUGGGAGAAUGGUUGCGGCUAAGAAGCGUGACGAGGACUCGUUACAAGGCGAGAAGGAGUUUUAUAACGAGGUGGACCUGCUGUCGCGCGCGCGGCACCCGAAUCUGGUGGAUCUGAUUGGAUUCUGCAGGGAGGCGGGGCAGCAGGUGCUAGUGUACCAGUUCAUGCCGCAUGGCACUGUGAGGGACCACCUCUACGACUCGAUUGGAAACCCCCUUGGGCACCUGCGCUGGCUGCAGCGGCUGCACAUCGCUCUUGGUGCUGCUAGAGGCAUCGAGUAUUUGCACAAGGGCAUGACCCCCCCCAUCAUCCAUCGCGACAUCAAGACCAGCAACAUCCUCCUGGACGCAAACCUCAACGCCCAUGUGGCCGACUUUGGGCUGUCGCGAGAGGGCUCGAUCAGCCGCACGCACGUGUCCACCAACGUCAAGGGCACAGCCGGCUACCUGGACCCUGAGUACUACACGGUGCAGCAGCUCACGGACAGGAGUGAUGUGUUCAGCUUCGGAGUGGUGCUGCUGGAAAUGAUUUCCGGGCGGCAGCCGAUCGACCUGAACCGGCCGAGGGACGAUUGGAGCAUCAUUGACUGGGUCCGGUCCCGGCUGCAGCAGGGGCACAUCGAGGCCAUCAUCGACCCAACGCUCUCCCCGACCGAAUUCGACAUCGAGGUCAUGUGGCGCGUGGCAGAGGUGGGCGUGGUCUGCGUGGAGCCGAAAAGUUUCAACCGCCCGAGCAUCUCGGACGUGUGCUUCGAGCUCACCCAUGCCAUCCAGCUCGAGGCCGCUGCAGGCCACCCGCCGCCCGGGUUGGCCCAUUCGAACAUCACGUUUGCGAGCAGCGGGGAGGGGAGUAGCAGCAGCGGACUUGGGGGAAGCAAUGGGGUGAUGAUUGUGGGGGAUGGUAGUAGCAGUGGGACAGGGAGUGUGGGGGUGGGAGUGGGGAUGGGCAGAGAGAUGGGAGUGGGGAGCAGCGGGAUAGGAGGAGGGAAUGGGAGCAGUAAUGCGGCAUUGCCUGUGUCGUAUCAGCCAGGGGGGGUGGAAGGAGGAGCGAUGCUUCCUGCUGCUACUGGGCUGAGUGCAAGCAGGAAUGGGGAACUUAAUGGUGCUCCUGCUUUUGCUCCUCCGAACCCUCUUCCGCCUGUCUUCAGCUCAGCAGCACCAGCAGGCUCGCGGUCGUACACUCGAUUCAGGUCUGCCUUCAACGGCAGCAGCAUCACCAGCAGCAGCCUUGUGUGAGGCGCCUCAACGCUCAAUGUGGGACCGCCCUCCCUCCACAGCAGCAGCGUCACUAGCAGCAGCCUUGUGUGAGGUGCGUAAAAGUGCUGCCGAAAUGGCAGCACCUUUGUGUGAGGCGUCUCAGAACUGCUUUCUAUAUCACCAGCAGCACCAGCACCAACAGCAGCAGCAGCAGCAGCAGCAGCAGCAACAUUAGCACCACCGCCACCUCUCAACCCAUCCAACCACUAUUUUCUGGCUCCCGUGCUCCCUGUUUGCGGGUUGUGUGUCUAAAUACCCCUUUUCUUGUGAUUGUUGCUUUCUUCUCUGCCUGCUGACUGGUUUCCUGAGUGCCAAUAGUAGUCUCUCCCUGGCUAACAUCUUUCUUGAGGUCUCUCAACAGCAGGCCGUGGGCUAUAGAGGGCCGGACUGCUGUUGAGCUGCUUCAAGCAGAUUCUGUUAUUAGUUGUUACAACUUACAACCUUUUUUCAUGACUGGUGGUUGUGGUUGCUGCUUGUUACCUAAAAAUCCUCAAGGUUGCGGCUUGCAGUCUGCGAAGCCGUGAGAACACAACACAUCCAUUUGUAACAGCCAGACAGCCAGACGGUUAGCCUCCAGUCCCAGUUUGAACUACCAUC